AGUGAAAUUGGUGGGCGGGACAAACAAACGUCUGCGAUGAUAACAAAAUGAUCCCUCUCCGGUACAAACAACGGUCAGACAUUUAAUCAAUUUUAGACAACACCGCCAACAGGUUCGGCGUAAAGAUGAGUUCAUUUGCAGGUCGAAUGAAGGAGUAUCCCACAGUUUCUCUGGACCGGUUCGACAGGGAGAACCUACAUGCCCGGGCAUAUUUCCUCUCCCACUGUCACAAAGAUCACAUGAAAGGACUGAAGGGACCGAUACUGAAGAGAAAACUGAAGUUGAGUCGUACAGUCAGGCUUUACUGCUCCUUCGUGACCAAAGAACUUCUGCUAAGCAAUCCCAAGUACGCUUUCUGGGAGGAAUAUGUCGUUGCUUUAGAGCUGGAGAGUCCGACUCAGAUUUCUCUGGUUAAUGAGGCAACUGGAGAGAAAGAAGAGCUUGUGGUCACAUUGCUUCCUGCAGGCCACUGUCCCGGCUCUGUUAUGUUCCUGUUCGAGGGAUCCCAAGGGAACGUGUUGUAUACAGGAGACUUUAGGUUUGCUGCUGGAGACGUCUCGAGAAUGGAACAUCUGCACUCUGGAAGCAGAGUGAAGGAUAUUCAAACUAUUUAUCUGGACUCCACUUUCUAUGAUCCACGAUUCUACCAGAUUCCUACUCGGGAGGUCUGUCUGAAAGGGAUCUCAGAGCUCAUUGGAAACUGGAUCAGCCAGAGUUCAUAUCAUGUUGCAUGGCUGAACUGUAAAGCUGCGUAUGGAUACGAAUACCUGUUUACCAACCUGGGAGAGGAGUUCAAUACACAGAUCCAUGUUAAGAAUCUGGCGAUGUUCAAGAAGAUGCCAGAGAUCCUGAGCUACGUGACGACUGACCGCAGGACACAGAUCCAUGCCUGUCGACACCCUAAGGACGAGGAGUUUUUCCAAGGCAGCAGGCUGCCGUGUGGCUGUACAGCCCCUGAUGGGACUCCACUUCGUAUCAUCAGCAUCAAACCGUCCACCAUGUGGUUCGGAGAGAGGACGAAGAAAACCAACGUUAUAAUAAAAACAGGAGCCAGUUCUUACAGAGCCUGCUUCAGUUUCCACUCCUCCUACUCAGAGAUUAAAGACUUCCUCUCCUACCUUCAGCCAGUCAACAUCUACCCCAGUGUUAUCCCUAUUGGUCAGACACUGACAGAGGUUACACAGAUGUUGAAGCUGAUGUGCAGGAACCAUUCUGAAAAUGCAGCGCCCAUAUACAAACCUUUGGGAGUCCUCAAACGCACCAUGGUUGAGCGACCUAAAUAUGAUCCAGACAGCGAUGACGAGCUGUUUGAUGGGCUCGACCUGGCACCAGUGAGGAAGAAGAUGGGGCUGAACCAAGAAAUAAAAAAUGUGAAAGCUCAGAGUCCUCAGAAAACAGCGCCUCCUGUGUCCGUGGAGGAGUCUUUUCCUGUGACGGUCACCGACACGCAGUCUGUUGCACGCAACUAUGUGGACUGCACUGAAUCCAAUGAUGAAGAGGAAGAUAAUGAGGAGGAGGAUCAGCAGCAGGAGGAGGAGAACGGCGGGGGGGAUACAAAACGGAUGAAGGAUGUGAUCAGGCCAAUAAAGGACACUGAGGAUACAGAGAAAAAGAAUACUGAGCUAGAAGGACCUGCUUCCUCUAAUCCUCCGAAAUGGGAGGACUUCUUCACCACAGAGACGCUGACUGACAGCCAGAACAGCCUCAACAGCCAAUUACAAUCCUGCUGCUCUUGUCCGAGCCCCUCCCCCUCCAGAAUGACUGGUUCACAGACCCCAGAACUGUUCAGCGAUGAAGAAAAAACCCCCGACAACGAUGGAGACUUCAGUCUGACCCUGUCCGCCUCUCUGUCAAAUCAUUCCUCACAGAACCAGGACUCCUAUUUACCCGACACCUUGAUUCUGCAACCAGAGCAGCGGGAGCGGGAACAAGGAGACUUGGGGACCAAUGCUGCGUCUCAGAAGAAGGAGAGCAACGUACAGAAGGUCCAAUCAGAGCUGGAGGAGACCUCAGAGUCUCAGGUGUCAUCGGACUUUGAUAUUCCCUGCACACCAGAGUCAAAAAUGCCACAACCGGAUGAGCUGUCGCAGUUGUACAGGAAGCUGGCGUCAGGAGAGGAAGUGGCAAUCAGAAAGCGGGACUGAAAAAGGGAAUGUGGCUCACGAAAACUGACUUUAACAUUCCUGUUUGUCCACAGUAAAGCUCCUAGGCUGUGGACAAGAUGCAAAAGAGUAUGAAUAAACCCUCUAUGCAUUCAGACUGUGAGCAUUAUAGUUGAUGGGUCUCUGUUCUUAGAGAUUUAGGUUGAAUUUAUGCAGCCAAUUGGCCAAUCAUAACUGUUCACUACUUCUGCACAUUAUGUUUUUUAGUAAACAUAGCCAGUUAGCAAGUGAUUAAAAUAGCCUUAAACCUCUUUUUUUUUUUUUUGGCCACGUAAGUUGAUGCGUCUGUACGUUGAUACUGCAAAUUUGUAACCGUUUAUUUGGAGUCAUGUUUCCUGCCACUUAGUAGAUUUCAGUCCAAUGUUCACUCUCCUUUUGGAUCUUACUUUGGUCUCCAUUAACUCCAGAAAAAAUGUCAGGCUCUUUUAGCUGCUAAAUGUUCCACUUUCUUCACCAGCUAGUCUCUAAUCUGCAUUUUAAUGUAUAUAAAUUAAAUUUCUUUGGCUGGAAAGCUAAAUUGACUUAAACUGAGACUGACAGUAUGCUCACAGUAUGAAUACAUGGUUACCUCACCUAUAUGCUACAAGAUUUAUUGUUUAUGUGUCAUAAACACAUAAUGAGCUUCUAUAAUACCUCACAUGCCUACAAGUGACGGCGUUCUUCUCAAGCUUCAGUCAAACCUCCAAACCACGUAAACCUCAGUAUGUAAAGCAACUAAUACACACACUUCAUUCCACUACACUUUACCUUCACCUGUGCCCUACAUGCAUUUAUGCACCUGUGUACCUCACUGCUGACUUUCCCUUUUUGUUGACAGUUUGUGGUUUGUUCUGCUAAACGCUUCCUUGUGAAGUGGAUCAAAUGAUGUAAAGAAGAUGCAGUUUUGUAAAACCAAAUUAAAUGUAUUUAAUUUCAA